GCCACCUUGAUGUCUACCACGUCAACUCCGACUGCCGCCACUGCCACCGCCUUCAAUUUCAAAAAAAAAAGACGAAGAAGAAAGAAAUCUGGGGCUCCUUUCCUCCGGUCCAAAACACCAUCAUCAAUCGGAAGUGCUUAUUAUGUGGCAAGGCUGAAGCUACUAAUAAACACACGCUACUCACCUGUGAGAUGGCACAAAGCAUCUGGAAAGCCUUUGCGGACUACAUCGGAGGACCAGUUUGGAAUCAAGAAACAGAGCUAAGGGAUUACCUUCUACAAUGGGGUUUUCUUCUUCUCUGUGGUUACUCGGCAAUGACUCUCGGAAACCAGAGGGAGAAAGAUAGAGAAAGAGCUCAGGCUAGGAAUGGAUCCAAGAACAGCAAGAAUAAGGAUGAUGGCCUGACUCCUGAACAACGCCGUGAGAGGGAUGGAAAAGCUCUUCAAGAAAAGGCAGCAAAGAAAGCGGCACAAGCCGAGGCAGCGGGUGGGAGUAAGGAGAACAAGGGCACGGCCAAGAACAGCAGUAAGAAGUAGUGAUAAUAACUUUAUAUAAAUACGUUCGUUCUUGCAUCUAGUUUGGUUCUGUUUUUCCGUCUCUGCUCGGCGAUCGGACACGGCACCAGGAUUUUCUUUUACCAUGUCUUCUACAACUAAAAAGACACGUUUGAUCCAUGACUCCUCUUCCGAAUAUUACCUUCAUUCUUCCGAGGGGCCAGAUUUGAAGUCAUGUUAUAGUACCAUCAACGAGCCUCGAAUCUAUCAAUUGGAAAACGAAUUGCAUAAUUUGAGACAAAAAGGGCAAACCGUGGUGGCAUAUUAUAAUCAAUUUGUGACUCUCUA